AUGAGGAUCGGUUGCCUCCAGUUUGCUCCGCAGGUUGGAGACAUCGACAAUAACCUCAACCGAGCCGAUGCGGUCCUAAACAAGUCACCCGAUCUGGAAGACUUGGAUCUCCUCGUACUUCCUGAGUUGGCUUUCACUGGCUACAACUUCCAUUCACUGGCGCAAAUAACGCCGUUCCUUGAACCGUCGGGCUCGGGUAUCAGUUCAUUGUGGGCACGCACAACCGCCCUUAAACUCAAUUGCAAUGUUGUGGUGGGCUACCCUGAAAAGGUCGAUGUGGCGAACAAAUGGCCAACGUCUCCCGAGUUCUACAACUCCGCCAUCAUGGUAAACAGAGACGGAGAGACAAUAGCGAAUUACCGCAAGUCUUUCCUUUAUGCAAUUGACGAGACCUGGGCUCUCGAAGGUCGAGACGGAUUCUACGAGGACGAGAUCCCCGACCUUGGUACUGUGGCCAUGGGAAUUUGCAUGGACAUCAAUCCGUACAAAUUCGAAGCACCCUGGCAUGCGUUCGAGUUUGCGUUUCACGUUCUCGAGAUUCAGGCAAACCUAGUCAUCCUGACUAUGGCCUGGGUUACGCGUGAACACCCUCGUUCAUUUACGCAGUUACCACAAGAGCCUGACUUGGAGACACUAAAAUACUGGAUUCAGCGCCUGGAGCCUAUUAUUCGGAGUGAAAAUGAAGAAGAAAUCAUAAUCGUCAUCGCCAACCGCACAGGCGUCGAGGACGAUUGUGUCUUCACUGGAAGUAGCACUGUUCUCGGCGUGAAGAAAGGAGAGGUGAACCUGUAUGGCCUUCUAGGACGUGGCGUCAAGGAAGUUUUGGUGGUCGAUACCUCGAGAAAGCCAUUUGCCAAAGUUGUCAAAGAUGACACUGGCGAAGAGGUUGAAGCUGGUGGCGCAUAUAAGCAGCCGCCGCUGGCUCAAGCUACGGGGCAGUCAACUAAAUCCAUGCCGUCCACGCCGACGAGCUCAGCGUCUGGUAGCUCGCCUUCCAAAGGCACACUGAAUGGGGAGCACCGGCCAAGACGAGACCACACACCGGAAGCCAUACCAGCCACUGCUAAGCCGCACACCAAAUCUCCAACAUUGACCUCGCCCCGUUGA